CUCUCUCUCUCUCUCUCUCUCUCUCUCUCUCUCUAGCUUUCUCUCUCCAGACCAGAUGAGGAUGUCUGUUUCUUGAGGAAGAGAAAAGUCUUCUUCUUUUCCCAUUUAGCUUGCCAGAUAGCCUUAAUUCCCUUCUUUACAGCACACUCACUUUCUUCUUCUUCCUCUCCACCAUUUUUAAUUUUUUGUUUUCUUUUUAAGGCAUAUUAAAGGUCUGCUUUCGUUAUCAUUCAUACUAGUUAGCAGCAAGAUCAGUGGGAUUAUUACUACUGCGCAUCUGCAGCUAGCUCUGAUCCAUUGAUAAUAUUCUCUCUAAUUUCUAGUUUAUUUAUAGAUGCUUGUGAGUGUGUGUUUUUGAAGCAAGCAGCUAGCUGAAACCCACCUCAUAAUCCACAUCUCUAUAUUACUAUUACUACUGGUUAGCCUCUGAAAUCUGUCAGAAGGAGAUGGAGGAAGUGGGUUUUUACUUUGUUUUCAGAACCCAAAACUGCUUAUUAGCUUUAUCAUUAGCUUGAGAGAGAGAGAAACAGAAACAGAAAGAGAGAUCAGAGAGACAGCACUUUGGUUUUAGCCAGAAGCUAGGAAGUUCAGAAGUUGUUGCUUGUUGAAUUGGUGUGAGGAUUAUAUAAAAAUGCCUCAUAAAGGGAUUUUGGAGUCUUUGAAUCCGAUUCCUGAUCUUUCACUUCACAUAAGCCUUCCAAACAGUGCUUCAAACGAACCUGCAGACUCUGCGGCCUUCAACAUAUGGCGGUGCAGAGACAACAACACCGACGUGCACGACGGCGUCGGCGGUCUAGUCAAUUCCCAUGGUGACGACGCUACCACUCCUCCACCUCCACUCGCCGCAGACACUGAGCUCUCCCUUGCAAAUCCCACAAGUGCUUCCGAGAGUGACAACAACAACAACUCAUGGAAGAUGAUGAAUUCGAGUUACUUCUCUAGAGAUCAGCAGCAAGCAGAAAAGCACAGCAACAUAAGCCACGGCCUUUCCAUGCUUGAUGUGGCCGAGCUAGGAAUGAAACCCAUCAAAGGAAUUCCAGUCUACAACACCACUCCCGCACCAGCUAAUUGCUCCUUCCCGUUUUCUCAGCCUAAUUUGGACCCAUCUAGGGAUAUAUCUGCAGCUGCUAAUAACCCCAAGCUUUGCUACUACCAAACGCCGCCGUAUCUAUCUCCUGCUGUGCCCUUCAGACCCGGUGGUGCUGCUAUGGGAGGGUUUGAGUCGACCAGGUUUAACGGGAUAACUAUGGAGAGUCUUAGAGUGCCUCAACACCAGUUGCAGUAUCUGAAUCAUCAUCAUCACCAUCAGCAACAGCAGCAGCUGCAGCAUCAACACCAAUGUGGAGUUGGGGUUGGGAUUGGAGCUCAUCAUCAUCAUCAUCAUCAUGGUGAUUUCUCCAGUAAUAAUGGGUUUAUUAUGAGAUCUAGAUUUACACCCAAGUCGUAUCAGAGUAAGAGGAACAUGAGGGCACCCAGAAUGCGGUGGACCAGCUCCCUCCACGCCCGUUUUGUUCACGCCGUCGAGCUCCUUGGCGGCCAUGAAAGAGCGACUCCAAAGUCAGUGUUGGAGCUCAUGGAUGUCAAAGAUCUCACACUUGCUCAUGUUAAGAGCCAUUUGCAGAUGUACAGAACUGUGAAGAACACUGACAAACCUGUAGCUUCCUCAGAUGGGUCUGGGGAUGAAGAUCUUCUUUCCACAACAACGACAACGCAUCAUCAGAAUUCUGCAAAUGGCUUACUAAACCAAAGAGGAGGAUCAAAUGUAGGUUUAAAUUCGGAGCAAGAUGCCGAACACCCUUCUAGCAAUCUGUGGGGUAACUCGUCCAGUAGGGGAGCAUGGGUGCAAGCAAGUUCAAGAGAUCUUAAUGGCCACUCUCAACGUAGAAGUCCUUCUGGAAACCUAUUUCAUCAUCACGAGGGAAGUGAUUUCGCUCAAUCAAGAAGUAGCUUUAUAGAUCUCACCAACGGGGACGGCCUCAUCAAAAAUCCAAGCCUGGAGUUCAGCUUGGGGCGACCGGACUGGCACAGCAAAGAAGUACUGGACUAAUUUUACAUAUUAAGCUAAUUAGCUAGCUAGAGAGGGUAUUGUCUGACUGCCAUGCAUUACAUAUUCUCUUGAAAGAAGAAGAAAAAGGAGGAAGAAGAAGAAUAUGACACCAUAUAUAAGAAUUUUAGGAAGAAGGGGGUAUUUUUGAGGAAGUAGAAAGCUUAGCGAGCCAUCGAUCAUGUCUCUCGAUCUCGAUCUGUAUAUUCUCUUCGAUUAAUUUUGGGAACAAAAGUUGCUGUUGAUAGUGAUCUGUGAUGUUUUUCCAUUGCGUACAAGUCAGUCAUGAAUCAAAAGUUUAAAAGGGGAAAGAAAAGAGAGACGGAAUCAGUUUUAUUGGUGGUGCAUUAUCUGGUGGCUUAUAUAUUCUGUCUUUCUCAUCAAUUGCAUG